GGAUCAAGGAGAGAGCAAUCCACAAUGCAGACUAGUAUGGUUUUCGUCUCCUUCUUCCUCUUCUUUGCCGUAGCCAUCUCAUCUUCAAAGCUUGCUGCAACCAAAAAUGAGUGCAUGUUACCAUCAAAGCCGUGCAGCAAUGAUGGUCCUGACAUUCGAUUUCCUUUCUGGAUAAAGGGCCAGCAUCCCGAGCACUGUGGCUAUCCUGGCUUCGCUGUAUCUUGCACUUCCAUGAAACAAACUCUGCUGAAGUUACCAUUUUCGGGUUCCUUCUUUGUAAGGAGCAUUAACUAUGCAUCACAGACACUGGCUUUAUAUGACCCAGAUGGCUGCCUUCCUCAAAAGCUUCUUCAUCUCAAUUUAUCUGCCUCUCCCUUUCUCAGAGGAUCUCAACAACCUGAUUAUGAGGAACAGAUCACUUUCCUCAAUUGUUCAGCAACAGAACCAGAACGGGAUAUUCCUUCUUAUUAUGGGACCCUGAUUUCCUGCCUUGGCGUCCCUAGGCGCCAAGUUUAUGCCUUCUCAUAUCUAUCUCCAUUAGGCCUGCCCUUGUCGUUUUGCAAAAAAAUUAAGACCAUAGAUGUUCUGUAUCUGUUUUCAGAUCUCACACUGAGUUGGUCUCAACCAUCGUGUGGAAGUACUUGUGAAGUAAAUGGAAGCUAUUGCAGAUUGAAGAACAACAGUAACAGAAGUGGACCUGAAACUACUGAAUGCUUUACCCUCCCAAAAUCUACUCCACCACCAGUCUUGGAUACAUCUGCGAAGAAUGUGCUUACAGGUGUAAUCACAGGUGUAAUCAUAGGCUUCUUUCUUUUUGUUGUGGCAAUGAUGAUAUCCAUCAAACACUACCAUGAGUACAAAUCAGAUAAAAUUGAAAAACAGAACCAAGUGAGGAUUCUAAAAUUCUUAGAUGACUACAAAGCCCUCAAGCCCUCAAGGUACACAUUUGCUGACAUUAAGAGGAUUACAAAUCAGUUUAAGGAAAAGCUGGGACAAGGAGGUUACGGUAGUGUGUACAAAGGUAAGCUUUCCAAUGAAAUUCUAGUUGCUGUUAAGGUCCUUAUUAACAAUUCCACCAGAGAUGGAGAGGACUUCAUUAAUGAAGUCGCCACCAUUGGUACGAUUCAUCACAUAAAUGUGGUGCGCCUGGUUGGUUUCUGCGCAGAUGGAUAUAGACGAGCUCUUGUCUAUGAAUUUUUGCCGAAUGAGUCACUAGAGAAGUUCAUCUUCUCAAGAAAUACUAAGAGACCACUCCUUGGUUGGGAGAAACUUCAAGAUAUAGCUAUUGGCAUAGCCAAAGGAAUAGAAUACCUUCAUCAAGGGUGUGAGCUACGUAUACUUCACUUUGAUAUUAAACCUCAUAAUAUCUUAUUAGAUGACAACUUCAACCCCAAGAUAUCUGAUUUUGGUCUUGCAAAAUUAUUUUCUAAGGACGAGAGUGCCAUCUCCAUGACUGCAGCAAGAGGGACAAUAGGAUAUAUUGCCCCUGAAGUGUUUUCUAGGAACUUUGGUCAUGUUUCUCAUAAAUCAGAUGUUUAUAGUUUUGGAAUAAUGUUGCUUGAAAUGGUUGGUGGGAGAAAAAACAUUGACAGCACUGUCGAGAACAGUAGCCAAGUUUACUUUUCCCAAUGGAUCUAUAAUCAUCUGAGUCAUGGGAAAGAAUUGGAAAUCAGGAUAGAUGAAGAUGGAGAUGCUAGCAUUGCUAAGAAGCUAACAAUUGUGGCACUUUGGUGUAUCCAGUGGUACCCAGUUGAUCGCCCUUCAAUGAAAGUAGUGGUUCAGAUGUUGGAAGGAGAUAGAGAGAGCUUGAUCAUGCCACCCAAUCCUUUUGACUCUACAAUGCCUUCAAACACUAAGGCAAUUAACAGUGAAAGACCUCUCUGCAUGAAAUUACCAAUCAUAUCUGAAUAAGGGUGUGGACAAUAUGUUGUUUUCUUUGAUAUUGAUAUAAGUUAAUUAGCAUAGCUGAACUUGUAACCAUCACUCAUUUCAGCCAUUAUGUUUAAGGAGCUUUGAACUAGAUGAAUGAUCUUGGAUUUAAUCUAUCUGGUUUAUGUAGAGAACAAAAAUAUAUAGCUUCGUAUAUUAUUUUCUUUUC